UGGGCCUUUAAAUUUGAGUUGGAUGAGUCAUUUUUGCCUCUCAAUUCCUUUGACCCCAAACCCCUCCCGUCCUGUACUCCUACUUCCCCUGACCAAUCCUGACAGACUCUGACAGCCUCUCCAGCCUAUCGACACAACAGCACAGCCUAUCAGAUGGAGAGGAGCAGCUGGACCGCCUCCAGCAGGCGGAGCUCACUCGGAACAUGCCCAUGUCACUGUGGAAGGCAGGGGCAGUACAAGCCUGGCUGGAGGUUGUCAUGGCAAUGCCCAUGUAUAUCCGUGCUUGCACGGAAAACGUCAAAAGUGGCAAGGUGCUGCUGGGGCUGACAGACGAGGACCUGGAACUGGGACUGGGUAUCAGUAAGCCCAUGCACCGCAGGAAGCUACGCCUCGCCAUUGAGGACUACAGGGAGGCAGAGGCUGGCCAGGGGCUAUCAAAGGCUGCAGAAAUGGACCAUCACUGGGUUGCCAAAUCUUGGUUGAGUGAUGUCGGGUUGCCACAGUAUUCCCAAGCCUUCCAAAAUCAACUGGUGGAUGGUCGGGUGCUCAACUCCCUCAGCCGACGAGACCUAGAGAGACUCCUGAACGUCACCACAGAGUCCCACCAAAACAGCCUGCUCCUGGCUAUACAGCUCCUGCAACUGAUCAACUUCAACAAAGAGGUGCUGCAGGCUCGCCGGGCCCAGUGUGAGCACCAGCACCAGGACCCUGUAGUUUGGACCUGCCACAGAGUCAUGAAGUGGAUCAGAGACAUAGACCUAAAAGAGUAUGCUGACAGUCUCCAUGGCAGGGGAGUCCAUGGUGCUGUGCUGGCUCUGGACCCCUCCUUUGAUGCAGAUGCCAUGGGCAGGGCCCUGGGAAUCCCCAGCCACAAACACAUGCUCCAUCGGCACCUAUAUGAGGAGAUGAAGGCUCUCGCCAUCCCUGCCAGGCAUAGUAGUGUUGAGCAGGAUUGUGACGCGUCGGGAACCCCACCACAAUCACCUUCUGCUGUUAGCCGCUAUAAUGACGAGAGUGUGUCCAUGAGACGAAGACCAGGCAAGAGUCUUCUAAGGUUCAGCCCAAAGACCGCCAUUGGACGGGGCCUUGGUUACCAUGGCAGCUGUGGAUCUCUGCCCAGAGAGGCGCGGGUGCAGGCUGUGCCCAGGACGAAGGGCAGUCCCAUGCACACCUACAACAGUGUUGAGAUCACCAAUGUCUAAACUAUGCAGAGCCACCAAGGAUUUCAAUGCAGUUUCCAUUUAGCCUGAGGUGGAUACUGGUGGUUGGACUCAGAAUCAACAUAAUACCUGCUUUAAGACAGUCUAAGUUUUCAUCUUAAUUUUUGGAAUUAAAAUCUUUUUCAAUUUUAGAGACAUUUUCUUUCUUUUGUUCUACAGUAAAUGUCAAUAGAUCAGUGGACGUAAUGCCUUAUGUUUGAAUCGGGAAAAUUCUGAAAAUGUGGUAACAUUCAAUUCCACAUUGCAGCCCUGGUGCCAUGUUUCCUUUCUAAGAAUGAACAUCACAACAUUUCUUUAUCAAGACAUCUGCUGUAACAUCUAUCAAGAAACAAUACGCUAAUAAUGUGUUUCCGCAUAUCAAACAAAAAAAUAUUGACGUGUAAAAGAAAAAGUCACUUCUGGGCAUCAAAGAAUUGAUGUCUUUGCCCUGUUUCCUGUAUCUCACUGUCUGGCCUGCCUCCCCCUGCAGGGGUCUGAUGUUGGCAUGCCUGGGUUUCCUGUAUCCCACUGUCUGGCCUGCCUCCCCCUGCAGGGGUCUGAUGUUGGCAUGCCUGGGUUUCCUGUAUCCCACUGUCUGGCCUGCCUCCCCCUGCAGGGGUCUGAUGUUGGCAUGCCUGGGUUUCCUGGCUCAAAAGUUGCAGAUGACCACUACUUGGAACUUGAAACCUAUUCUUUGGAACCCGCCAUUCACUGGGUUCUGUGUAAGUUUACCAUUACAUUCUAUAUUGUGAGAGAUAACUAACUGACCUUGUGUUAAAGACAACAGCCGUGAAGAGAAUUAGGUGUGGGGGAGCAGAGCUUUCUCUUUGUUCAAAUAGCUCAAAUGUGGCUAAGAGGUACAGAUAAAAACCUAAUCAAAUGUUAUUUGUCACAUGCUUGGUAAACAACAGGUGUAGACUAACAAUGAAAUGCUGACUUACAGGUCAGUUUCCAACAAUGCAGAGUUAAAGGUAAAAAAUGUAAUAAAAAUACAGACUACAGUUUGAUAUGUUUGUCAUAAAUAUUCUUAACUUUACUGAAAGCAAUAAAAGCACUUCACUUCCAUGUGUCACUGUAAAUAUGGGGAACAUACUCUAUUACAAUAUUACUAAUCAAUUCAUUAGAAGGUAAAGAUUUAGCUAUGUCUCUCUGUGUCACAGAGAUUACAAUGUUGUAAAUGUUUGUACAUUUUGCAUUGCAGAAAAUGAAGGACCUCAAACAAAGGAACAGUUAAAUAAUACCAUAGUUUAGAAUGUCUUCACAGAACAGAAUGUCAAGGGAAAUCUUUGUUUUAUUAUCAAUAACUAAAUUAUCUUUACCACACAUGAUUGUAGCAAGAGUGCAUGAGCUGUAUGCAGUAUGUAGAGCACGUGUCAAUCUCAUUCCACGGAGGGCCGAGUGUCUGCAGGUUUUUGUUCCACCCUUGUACUUGAUUGAUGAAUUAAGGUCACUAAUUAGUAAAGAACUCCCCUCACCUGGUUAUCUAGGUCUUAAUUUAAAUGAAAAACCGCAGAUACUAGGCCCUCCAUGGAAUGAGUUUGACACCCCUGAUGUAUACCGUACAACAGUACAACAGCAUAUUUCACCACUGCAUUCCACAGCCAUGUCUCUAUAUGCAAACAGCUGGAGGGGGACUAGAACCAGAGGAAGACAAGUCUGUCAGCUAUGGGCGUCACCCCAGCACCCUAGUUAACACAGUCAUAUAGAGAUACAAAGCGGGAACAUUAGACUAGUUCAAACUAGUUAACUAUGGUUGUGAGAUGUGGUUUGAACAUCAAUGGCUUAUGUGUUACGGAAAACACACACUAUACUGUUGACUUUGUUAUGGUGUCACAAUCUACUUUCAAACAAGCAAUUCCCAUCCAUAUAAAGUCAGACUACUGACAACAGAACAGAGGGGCAAUUUCCAUUAAAUGAGAAAGAGAGUUUAUAUUGUAUGUUUUCAAAUAGAUGCUUAUUAAGUAAUAAUGUACAUUGUGACACUGCUGAUUUUUAUUUACAUUA